CAGUGGAGGAGGGAUACACGACCUACGUUCCUUAACUGCGACAAAUCGCAGUUAAGAAGAACAGAUACUGAAAAGUAGCAUUCACAGAAUUCACUGAUAUCGGAAAAUCGCAGUUUAGCCCAUCACUACCUUAUAACACACUUAUCUUCUGCUGCCUUCACUAUUACCUCCACCAGAGCUACCCAUACUUCUUCUACAGUCGUUCCCUAAUACUCUCUCUGAAACUCUCUGCAGCCCCUGGUUCUAUCAGGUUACCCAAAUGCUGUUAUGUAUAAUUCAAAAUAACGUAAUACUUAUGUCCAACAUUUUUAAAGGCUUCUCUUUAGUAGCUGAACUCGAACUUAUGAAAAUAAAACGAAAGUAACAGUUGUUUACAGUAGAAACAUACGGCAUUGUACAUACAGGAAGGAGGGGCAGUGACUCAAAGAUAGACUACACGAAGCAGGCGCAAUGACAAAAACGAAACAACGAGCCAGUUUACCAACAUUACCAUGUUAGCUGGUGACAAUUUCACCUUAUUCAUAAGGUAUAAGAUAUUUCUGGCAGGCUUUGGUUCUUGUAUUCUUAGCUGCUAUACAAAAGCACGAAUGAUUCACACCAAACGGGCUCCAAAUGGAGAGCUAAAAACACAAAGAAGGAAUAUUAGGAAAGCAAGGGUUCAUACAGGGACUUCAGUGCCCAAAGAACAGAAUAUGAAUCAUAUGGAUGGAAUAAACUAUUUGAUGAACGGCACUAAAGUCAAGAUUUCUGUAUCACCAAGGGAGAUGUGGAAGAAGCAUUUGGAAGACAGUUCAGUCACAGAAAAUUUCAUCCCAAAUACAACUAGAGUUGAGGAAACAGCACACUGUUCAGAGAAAUUUCUUGAAAUGUCAAAUUCUGGUCAGUAUCUUUUGGCACAUAUGAGGGAGACUUCAAGAAUUUCCCCUGGAUCAGAUGGUUCAUCCUCUUUAUCAGAUAAUAGUCAUCAGCUCAAAAGCAGUUGUAAGAGAGGUCAACUUUCAAAUUCAAAUAAUGAGGAACAAACAAAUUCAAAGAAUGCGAUUGAUUACAAUAUUGAUAUGGACAUACACUUAAGGAAGAAAAAGAAACAACGAACAAGUGGCGGAAAACCACAAAUAUAUGAUGACGCACUUGACAUAAGCGAACACCAUACUCAGACGAGAAGAGAAGGAGAGAUGAGUAAUAGCAUGGAAUCAUCAGAUACCAGUUUUUCCAAAAAGAGAACACCAGAACAUAAACUCAAGAAGAAGAAAUAUGCAGUAAUAAAGCAGGAUUUAUUUGAUAUAACAUCACCUACUGUUUUAAAUCAGACGAAGCAACUUAUGAAAGAUAUUUUGAAGAAGACUGGUAAACUUGAUGUAGAUCCAGAAACCACCAAGAGUUGUGACCAACCAAAAAUAUUUGAAUCAAGAUCAAGUGCAGACUCUAUUUUGAAUGUGAGACCAAAAAAUACAUUGAGGAAGAAGGUGUCAAGGCCUCAUGGGAAAAAUCCGUAUGAAUCUUUGAUGGGUACCAGCAAUAACGUUGAUCCUAUAGCUGAAUUAGAAAAUAAAACUGGAAAUGUUUCUUCAGGAUCAGCUAGUAGCAUUGCUCCAGUACCUAAAAAUGUCAGAUACAAUUUUAAGCAGAUACAUCUGAAGCAUGGUAUGUUUGACUCAGUAGUUGAGAAUCCUGUUGCUGAGGAUUCUGUUCGGAACAUGCAGGCGAAUGAUACAUGUACCAAUGAGCAACAGAAUAAAGACAUUUCUGCACAAAUGGAUGUUCGGAAAGCUCCUGCAUCAGCCAAAAUUGUUGGCAAAAGAAACAAAAAACAUUUUCCGCCCAAUUACUCUGAAUCAGUUAUUGGAAAUAAUGAUGGCAGUGCUGAGCAAAAUAUUGAGAAUCAGAACAAUGAUAUUGCCUUGGCUGAGAAUUAUGCCGAAAAUACAUUGGCAGCUAGUAUUUCUGCAGAAAUGGAUGUUCUGAAAGCUCCUGCAUCUGCUAAAAUCGUUGGCAAAAGAAACAAAAAACAUCUUCAGCCUAAUUACUCUGAAUUGGUUGUUGGAAAUAAUGAUGAAAGUGCUGAACAAAAUAUUGAGAAGCAGAACAAUUAUAUUGCCUUGGCUGAGAAUUAUGCAAAAAAUACAUUUGCAGGUAGUAUUUCUGCAGAAAUGGAUGUUCUGAAAGCUCCUGCAUCUGCUAAAAUUGUUGGUAAAAGAAACAAAAAACAUCUUCAGCCCAAUUACUCUGAAUUAGUUGCUGGAAGUAAUGACAAAAGUGCUGAGCCCACUGUUGAGAAACAGCACAGUGAUAUUGCCUUGGACGAGAAUUAUGCCCAAAAUGGAUUGGCAGCUAAUACAAAGGAUAGUGUAGAAGUUUCUGCCACAAAUUUAUUUAUAAUGAAGGUACUUGGUAAGAAAAUUGAUCCAGUGUCACCACACACAUUCGAGCUUUCAGGAAUGCAGGGGGAUUCACAUAAAAAUCACAACUUAGAAGGUAGUAGACAAACAAAUGAUGGGGACUAUAACCACUCAGUUGAUAAAUUAGUUAAAAGAAAAGCCUUCCAUGGCCUUAAACGUACCUCUGAAUAUGAUUGUCACACGUUACCUGAAUUUGGGAGACCCAUGGAAUCACCUAGUUAUUCUCUUACAAUCUCUAAAUUCAAACCAAAAAUUACAUCUUCUAAGAUCGUUGUGGAUAAAGAUGAGAUUAUAGAACAGUGUCCACCUACUCUGGCUGCACUUCAGCAAGAGGCAACAUCUAACAUGUUAAAAGUAACUCAUAAAGAGAAACAAACGUAUCAGUCAGAUAACCCCAUUGCUCACCAGCCAAGAUUUUCAGAUCAUGAGUGUGAGGAAACUAACUGUAAGGAAAGAAAGAAAUGUUAUAAUAGUGUUUAUGACAACACUCUGUCAUCAGAUUUAACAUUUGAUCCAGACAAUGUACCACAUUCAACAAUGGUGAAAUCAAGCAGUAAGAAGGAACAUCCACCUUCUGCCAUGCACAAAAUAGAGACUAAAACGAGAAGGAGCCUGGCAGCUUCAUUUCUGGAGUUAGUGCAUGUUUCCACAGAAAGUAGUGAAACAGUUAGUUCAGGGACAGAGAAAGCAGGUAUCAGAAAUAAUAAUUUCACAUUAAAUGGCAGGGAAAGUGGAAACGAACCAACUAUUGAAAAUAAAAUAAAUGUCAAUGGAAUGAAAUACAGUGAAUUAGAAACAAAUGAGCAUCACUCAAAUACUGUAAGGAAAGAUGCCAGUUUUGCUAACAAAAUUCCUGUGCCAGAAAACUUACAUGCUGUGUCAGACCACAAACCCAUUACAGAAAGCAUUCCCUCAAACGUUUUGAAUUUCCUAACAUCAAACUACAGGACAUCAGAACAGUCUGCUUGUGAUAACGAUGUUAGUCAAGUGUUGGGACAUGUGAGAAACAAAACCAAAAGCUUGGCAAAAAGUAGAUCCUUAAAUUCUCAAGACGAAUUAAUCAAUGCAGACAGUAAAAAUGAGAAGAAAAAGCAAGGAAACAAUAAAAGUGCUCCUGGUGAACUUACAAACUCUCCUGAUCAUAUUGUAUUCCAAAAAAUGGGGUGUGAUACCAAACAGAGUGUAUCUUUGCCUUGUAUGGGAAGCAUUUCUUCAUACUCUACUAGUAAAGCACAAGAAAAGUGUCAAAGUCAUGCUGAAAUUGACCAGAUAUCUCCAUUUAACACAUUUGCUCAGAAAAUUUGUAAUUCAGAAGUUGAAGAGCUUAAUCUGAGAAAGAGUGACAAAGCAAGUUUGAGAGCUGAGAGCAGAAAGUCUUCAAAUUAUUCGUAUGUGGCAGUUUCAUCUAGUAAAUUGAUUGAGACAGAUGUCUCAACCAGCAAAAAAGGCAGUAACGUGAGGAGUAUCACCAAAAUGACAGGUGCUUCCAUAGAAAAUAAAACUGAUUAUGCAGUAGCAUCUAAUUUUAGUGAGGAACACUGUACAUCGAAAGGAACACCAGAAUUAAGAGAAUUAUCUUCUCCUUUUCUGUCAGCAUCUCAUAUAAAUAAAACAUCUCACAAGGAAAACUUCUCCUUGAGCAUUAGAAACAGCAGUGAAGUAAGAAAAAAUGUGAACAAAAAUUCAACAGCUAACAAUGUGUCAAAUGCAAAAAUUGUUAACUCAGAUUCACCUCGUUUCUCUAAAGCAAAUAAUGGUAAAGGGCAUGAUGAGUACUUGAAAGACAGUUUCCACAGAAACAGGCAAACCGAAAAUGAGAAACAAAGUUUUUCUGACACCCAACCACAACUGACAGAUGAUGAUGAUGAUGAUGAUGAUGAUGAUGAUGAUGCAAACGGUGCAGAAGGAAGGACUUCAGUGGUUAUCGGAGGGUUAAGAGAAUUGACUACACCUCCUCGCUCAGCAUCUCAGAUAAAUACAUCUCACAAGGAAAACUUCUCGCCGAACACUGAAAACAGCAGUAAAGCGAGAAGUAAGGAAAACAACAAAAAUUCAAUAGUUAACCCUCUUUCAAAUGCUAAAAUAAUUCACUCAGUUUCAUAUGGUCUGUCUAAUGCAAAUAAUGAUAAAACGCCAAAUGAUGACCACUUCAAAGACAGUAUAAAUAGAAACAGCCAAAUGAGAAGUGAAAGACGAAGCUAUGUGGACGUCCAUCCACAACCAAUGGUAGAUAAUGAUGCAGAUGGUACAGAGGAGGAGAGACGAGUGAUUAACAAAGUGCCUCCAGAGGAAAGUAAAUGUAUUAUUCACCAAAAAAAAUCAGAUCUCAAGCAAACUCAUGGUAAAACAACAGUACACGCUCGUUUCUUGAUUGACGGUGAACCAUAUCACAAACCUAAACUGGCACGUCCAAAGCCUUGGAUUAAUCAGAGAUUUUAUAAUCAUAUUUUACCAAAAUUUGACAGAAAAUUUGGUCUCAAUGGUAGUGUAAAGUGCGAAGAGUUUGUAAAAGUACUUUGUACCGAAGUUACGGCUUGCAUUCGUGAAAGAAAAAAUUGGGAUGUGCAUGUAUACAGUGUACAAAAGUUACUCAGAAAAUACUUAUCAGUAAACACUUAUGCACACUACCUUAUAUUUGGGGAAAAAUAUUUACCAGAUGAGUUUGUUUUCAAGGUGGGUCUGACAUAUGAAAAGCAUUAUAGAAAUAAAUGAGAAUAUUUGAUGUAUUUGAUAUAUAAUAGACUAAUUACUGUAAGUCUGAGGAUUUUUGAGUACCAGAUCAAAAUAAGGAGUGGCCAGUGGUUGUGUGGUCAAAUCUCAUAAGUGUUAUCUCAAAGGAAUUAAUCAAUUAAGAGGAAAAUUGUGUCCUGGUAUCAUUCUUGGGUUAAUUUGUUAAUAACAGUUCUAAACUGUAUAUUACUUAGCAUAUUUUAUAUGUAAUUUAAUCAUAACAGUAAGUAUAUAAUACCUCAUUGGUUCUAUGUGUAUGUAAAUAGAGCCAAAAAAAUAUUUAUUUACAUUGUACAUUUAUAACAAUUGUUAAUACAUUCAACACCUUAUGUGGCCAUUCACUUGAAUUAAAAAUUAUUGUAGUUCUGUAGUUAUUUAUAUUAUAUACAAAUAUUGUUUCAGAUGCAUUGUAUAGUGCAAGAUUUUGUGAUGUAUUAUAUUAUGAAUAGUAAUACCGAGCUGUCACAUUGUACAUGACAAGGGAGUGGUCAAGACGUGUCAUAAGCAAUCCUGUGUUGAAAUUUGUUAGUAAAUUUUCCAGAAAAAUCCAUGUGCAAUAUUUCAGCUGUUGGCUUGCACUGGAAGUUGCAAAAAAAAAUUAUGAAAUAUGACUUUUCACACGUGGGUUCCGCACCUGAAACUAUCUAAGCUUACAUUCCUGAAAUCUAUGGAACCCACAGAAAGUGGUCUCUGGGAUUUGGAAAGAGGUUGGAUAUGCAUUACACAUAAUUAAAUUGUGAUACAGUGAAAUGACUUUACUAUUUCAGUGCCAAUUUUAACUAUCAACUUAACAUUGUGAACUAAAACAUCAAAUUUGAGUUUCUCUGCAGGUAUUCUUCAGUGGAGUAGAAAUAGUUGCCUAACAGAAAGUUCUUUCACUCUUCAGCUCCACCAGCUGAUCAGAUGACAUUCAAUGUGCUCUGGUUGUUGAUAGUGUAUGUACCCAACUACCUGUAAAUUAAGGCUGUGAUCUAUAUGUAGUUCUAAAAUGUAACAAUACGUUCUGCUUCUUGGAUUUCAUUGUUUGAGAACCCUAUUUUCAUAGCUUGUGGAGUUCUACAAGCACUGAAGUGUAUGUACUGGGUCUGCCAUUUAGCUGUGACCCAUUUACUGCUGUUUUUUGAAUAUGGAGACUGGACUACUUUUCAUUCCUAUACUUGUAUCAUUUGUAAAAAGGACGAAAUCUGCAUCUUAUGAAACAACAAGUAGAAGAUCGUUUAUAUAUGUCAGAAACAAGAGAGGACCGCAAAUUGAACCUUGUGGUAAACUGCUCUCUUAAAAUUCUGAGUGCCUGUUGUCAUCUGAUUGACAUGGAACUGCAGCUCAUUGCUUUCUGUCAUUCAGAUACGAAAAAAACCACAAACCUGCCAUCUCUGACUUUCCAUAAUAUUUUAACUUUUGUGUUAGGAUAUUGUGGUUCACACAGUCAAAAGCUGUGACUAGGAGGUUGCACCUGGCUAUCUGACCUAUCUCCAGACACAUCUUGGGCCUGGAAUAGAAUUGUCUUGAUGAGUCCCACUUUGAAUUAAACCCCAAUGAUCAGCAAAGCAUUGUCUGGGGACACCACAGACAGAGUGGAUAUCAACGUGACUUGUCGCCUGGCAUAUGGCCUGACAGCCAGGAGGGGUGGUCUGUGGUGCCAAUUUUCCCCCACCCUAGCAGAAUCCCUUUGGGUACCAUCAGCAGCACCCUUACAUCACAGCAGUUUGUCAAAAAUAUUCUACGCCCUGUUUUGUGACCCUACAAGAUGAGCCAUCUUGGGCUUCCCUUUCAGCAAGAUAAUUUCCUCCCGCACAUGGCAGCAAGGUCACUGUAUCUCCCCAAUCGAGAAUAUUUAGAGUAGGGGUUGGCAAGUAAUUUUAGAUGGAGUCUGGAUACUUUCAAAUAUUUUUAUCGAGGUCCAGAAGAGAAACCUCAUAUUCCUUACUAACCUUUUAUUUUAAUUUUCACUCACAAAAUAAUAUGAAAUACAUUAAAGAGGCAUAUUUGUAUUCAAAAGUCCAGAAAAAUCUCGUAUUCCAUACUAUUUUUUUACUUUAAUUUUCACUCUCAUACUAACAUGGAAUACAACACAGAUAUAUUUGUAUUAAAAAAUCCA